AUGAGGACCCCUGGGUUUUGCGUUUUAAGCGCUGUCUUGUGUUUGUUUCUGGUCGAAGUUUAUUGCGAUUGCAAUGGCAGAAAAGUUCUGACAGCUAAAACUGGUACCAUUUCGGACGGACCAGGGAAUUACACACCCGUGGCUCACUGCGAGUGGCUUAUCAAUGGCCAUGGGAAUUCAUCCAUUUUGCUGACAUUUAGCACCAUGAACACAGAAUGCUCGUAUGACUUUCUUGUUUAUGAUGGUGAUUCAUACGAAAUGCCGCUGCUAGCAAGCCUAAGUGGGGAUCAGUUGCCCAAGCCACUUUUAGCUACCUCAGGAUACAUGCUGGUGUACCUAUACAGUGACAGGAAUUAUGAGCUUGCAGGUUUUGACGCGAAGUAUGAAAUCAUGGACUGCCCGUAUAACUGCACAGGUCAUGGCACAUGUAUAAACGGCCGUUGUCAUUGUGAGUCGCACUACUAUGGUGUUGGUUGUGAAAAAGAGAAAUGCCCGGAUAGGUGUAAUAACAAUGCAGAUCCAGAUAAAUGUGAUCCUUCAGGAAGGUGUAAGUGUCCCAACGGCUUUGUCGGUGAAGACUGUUCGAUGUCUCGAAAUGACGGUCGAGGAAACAACACCUGGUAUGUACUGGCGUCAGACACUGCAGGCUUUCGGGGUCGCACCUCUCAUGCAGGAGUAUUUAUCGAAAGUCUGGAAAGCAUUUGGAUAUUUGGAGGUUACACAUUAAACAAGGUUUUGGAUGAGCUUAUUGUGUUCAACAUGACGAGCAAUCGGUGGGAGACAGUCGAGAAAUCCACACCAUGGCCCGCUGGCCGAUAUUUACAUGCCAUGGUUGCCCUCAAUGAUGGAUUUGCCAUGUACGGUGGUCAGCUCGACACAAGUGAACUCAGCGACGAAUUGUGGUAUUUCGAUAUACUUAAAAUGUCUUGGUAUCUAGUCCAGCCUAGUCCUGAAGCUCAGCGACUUCCUAAGUUAGCAAGUCACAGUUUGACUCUAGGAAGAGAUUGGAUCUAUUUGUUUGGUGGUAAAACGGAAGACGGAUUUUUCUCCGGGGAUAUGUAUAGGAUUAGAGCACAGAAUCUGUCAGAUUCGCAAAGGAUAUUUAUCAAAGGCGGUCAAAUUGCUUCACGGCAGUUGGCAGGCCAUUCAACAGUGUAUCACAAACAGACGAACACACUUCUCGUGUUCGGAGGUCACAGAACGAACACCGCACAGUUCAGCAAACUACGUAACGAUCUUCAUAUCUUUCACAUAGAUAAUUCUUUCUGGUCGUUGGUCAGCGAAGAUCAGAAGGAAAAGAAUCUACCAUCCCAGCGUGCGUACCAUUCAGCGGCGAUUAUCGGCGAUUACAUGGUUAUAUAUGGUGGUAACACCCAGCUUCAUGAUGGAUACGACCUUUGUUACGAUGCAGCCAUAUACUUCUAUCAUCUGGGCUGCUACAAGUGGAUGAAUAGUCAACAUUUUGUCAAGAAGUUCCCCGGGUUAAGCUCUAGUACAAAGCCAAGCAGGAGGUUUGGCCAUGUUGCCAUGGUAGCGUAUGGAAACACUCUCCUGAUAUCUGGUGGUUAUUCAGGCUAUGUGUUAGGAGAUCUCCUAGCAUUCAAAGUGGCACCCGCCAUUGCUGUUCAUAAGUCAAUUUCCCUGGAUGUUUAUGACCACUGCAAUGUGUACAGCAAAGAAACCUGUACUUCGGACCCAGCCUGUAGUGUUUGUAUCAAGCCCACCUCAUUGACUUGUGUCAACAGAGCAAGUCAGAAUAGCUGUACCCAGCGUGGGAAUGACGCUCUUUGUAAGGGCUUCUGUCGUAAGUUAAACAGCUGUGACUCGUGUCUGAACCUGGGUGGCCAUUACCCGACUGUCGUCACUGACAACUCCUGGUACUACCAGAGCUUCCAGUACUGUGCCUGGUGUGUGAAAGAAGCCAAGUGUCAGCCGGCCAAUGCUUUGUCAGACACCUGUGCUAAGCAGUCCUCCCAUAACACAGCCUCGGGGAACCUCGGCUGGUGGAACGGCCCGAGUGUUCACUUGAUAGAGUUACGACAGUGUCUGACCGAGGAUCGCCCAGCGGGACUUCAUUUUCUGCGAUAUCGGAGCCCGCCCAAUGAGACGUACCCAGAUGAGUUGGAGAUUAUCAAAAAGACCAAACAGGAACUGGUGUUUAGGAGCUGGAUAGAGAAAGAGAACAAAGAGGAUGCCCCUUACACGGGAAAGUUUGUUGGCUACAUCUAUCCACUAAACAUCAGCAAAGGUUACGCCAUCAAUAUCUCCAUGAGCACGUCACAGUCCCGCGCAACCUUCUACCUCAGCAAAGACGACAACCCCAAAAAUAAGGAAAUAGUUGCUGAGCAGGCUUACAGGGGGACGUCAUCAACGCUGAAUGCCGCGCGGCCAGACCACACCCCUCUCUUUCCAAACGUAGGACGAGGGCACCGCUACUACAUGGAAUUGAAUGCCACACAGCUCAUCACGGGCAAGGACAAGCAGCCGAGUGCGGAGCUGACCCUCCAGCGCAACAGCUCAAACCAAAACAGCCAAUGGGAGCCAUGGACCGAAGAGUUUUUGGAGCCGUUCCACGGCGGCAACUGUAGCCAGUAUUACAACUGUCUGGCGUGUAUGGCAGACACCGCCUGUGGCUGGUGCACGGAGGAUAACUCUUGCCACCAUCGUGAAGCGUCGCAGCGCACUGGCCAGCCGACCUGCGGGCAGGAAGUGGAGCGCCACCUGGUGUUGGCCUUCACAGACUGCCCCACAUGCGUUGAUCAUGUUGACUGUCAUAGCUGCGUGUCGGACAAUUUAUGUGAGUGGGUGCCGGACUACCUUUUCUGUAUUAGACGUGGACGGUUCUCUGAUUCUAUUCGCAACACCAGUGCCUGCCACUUGCCCUGUAAGAGCCAUACUUCCUGUGAGACGUGCCUAGGGGUGCAGAACGAGUGUGCCUGGUGCGAAAACCUGCAGACCUGCUUCACGUUCUCCGAGUACACAACCCGCUUCAUGUAUGGCCACUGCCUCAAGUGGUUGGAUUGGGAGGCCAAGACGGGCACACUUCAGCUAAAGUGUAACAGCUGUCAGUCACACAACACCUGUAAGGAGUGCAUGCAGAACUUUGGCUGCGGCUGGUGCAGCAACGAUGAAAACCCAGCCAUCGGCAAGUGCAUGCAGGGUGACUUCGCAGGUCCCACAUCUGGUGAGAGCUGCUCUGCUGUUAUGGCUUUGCUUGGGAACAAGACACAGAAUGCUAGCUGGGCAUACAGUGUCUGCCCGGACGUCCAGGAGUGUGAGCUGGGGCUUGAUGACUGCCACGAGAAUGCCUCCUGUAUCAACACACUAGAUGGAUACAACUGCACCUGUCAUCGAGGGUUCUUGGGGAAUGGCAGAGACAGCUGUGAAAAGACCUGCUAUCACAUCUGUGACAAGGGAAACUGCUCGGGGUCACCUGACUACGUGUGUAAUUGUUCACUCGGGUGGACAGGGGACAGUUGCAACAUCAGUUGUGGCUGCAACAACCACAGCACUUGCAAGAAAAACGGCGUGGGCACGUGUGAUUCCUGUCAGCAGAAUACAGCAGGCGAGCAUUGCGAGAUCUGCCAGCCGGGAAGCUACGGAGAUCCACAGCUACCAGCAGGCUGUCUUCUAUGUGAGUGUAAUGGUCAUGGUAAUGAGCUGCUAGGGACAUGUCACAACGCUACAGGCAAGUGUUUCUGUCAGGAUGAUACCGACGGCGACCAGUGCGAGAACUGUCAACAUGGCUACUAUGGUGACCCAAGGAAAGGACAGAAAUGCUAUAUGGGUUGUGAUGACCGUAAGAUCUUGACUGACAUCAUGGUGGGGUCUCUGGGGUCCUACCACAAGCGCUGGACUCCCACCCUGUCAGGACCCCGGGCCUACUGCCUUUGGAUUCUCACAGUCUUCUCUGAUGUAGAUUCUCCGCUGACCAAUCAGGUGAUUCCCAGCAUCACACUGGAGAUUGAACCCAAGAUUGAUGUCAGGUGUCUGGAGGACUAUGUAUUUGUGUAUGACGGUUUACCCCAUUUUGCCUCGGGUAAAAAGCCAACGAAUUCUCGCCUGUUGGGUUCAUUCUGUGGUCAAGGUCACAAGGAGUUGAUGGCUGUGACAGCUCGCUCUGGAAUUCUCACUGUGUUUUAUCAGUCAGAUGUCAGCCAUGGUGUGACCAGCAAUGGAUUUAAUGCCAGUUACCAUGUCAAUGGAUGUCCUGAUAACUGUGACCAUGGCAACAGGGAGUGCAUCAACAACAAUUGUGUGUGCAUGGCUGGCUUCAAGGGAGAUAACUGUCAAGAGGAGAUUUGUCCCAAGAACUGCUCGGCCAGUCUAAACCAGGGCUACUGUGAUGAGGGCUGCGUGUGCAAGCCGGGAUAUGUGGGUCCUAGCUGUGAGGUUCAACUCAUCCCAAAUGGUGUGGCUAUUGAGCCGAUCACGACCUACGAUGACCCAAACAUGGAUCGCGACCUUGGAAGAAUGGGUCACACGAUGUCGAAAUGUGACGAGGACAGCCUGUACAUAUUCGGUGGAUACUCCCUGCGAUAUGGCAUUCUGGCAGAUUUGUACCAUCUCAACACAACCUCUGGGAAAUGGACGCUGAUUGAACCACAGAGUGAGAGUGUGCCCAAGGCAAGGUACUUUCAUGCUGCUGUGUGUUUACCAAACAUGCAAGCCUUGUACGUCUACGGUGGGCUGGUGGAGCAAGAAGGGGCGGUGACUCCUACGUACGAGGCUAGCCAGGAGAUGUGGAAAUUUAACCUGGAGUCACGGCUAUGGGCAGUAGAGGAGGGUCCGAAGUGGGUACACACGUUAGCCGGUCACACCAUGACCCAGAUCAGCGACACCAAGCUCAUGCUGAUUGGAGGCUUCUCUAUCCAGAACUACUUCUCCAACAAAGUGUAUGAAUACAACACCGGCGGAGGGUUAAUGGCAUGGAAGGAGUACACAGACCGUAACGAAAUGCAUGGAGCCACACCAGUUGGGCUGUUUGGUCAUACUGCUGUCUUUCAUGAGCUGUCCAAUACGGUGUACGUGUUUGGUGGGUAUGUUUACAAAAGUGACUCGUUUGGUCCAUCCAGGGAAAUGUACGCCUUUGACCUGGACAAAAACGAGUGGACCAUCUUACAACCAGAAAAUGGUGAACAGCCUAUUCCCCGGUUUUUCCACAACAUGGUUGGUAGGGAGAGUGACCUGGUGAUUAUCGGGGGUAUGACAGAGAACGGGGAGAUGACUGCCAGCAUACAGGUAUACCGUUACACCUGUAAUGCCUGGAUAACCGUCAGCAAUACAGAUUAUGUGCAUAUGAUGGGAAAAUUAAAACCAGCCAUUGGAUCGACAGCGGUGGCUAUGAACGACUCUGUGUACAUAUUUGGGGGUUACAAUGGUGUGUCCAUGGGGUCCUUGAUAAAACUGACCAUUCCCAGUGAUGUCUGCCAGGUACUGCGUGACAGUAGCAUGUGCAGGAGGACAGUUGGGUGCUCUGGGUGCAUUGUUCCCACCCCCACGGGCAAUCUGUCUUACUGCUACUCCAGUGGACUGAGAGCGCCUCAUAGCUGUGACUCCUCCAACGCCACACUGCGCCAAGGCGCGUUGUGUACAAAACGCUGGCUGAAUAUUGCAGACUGCGAGCAGUUCACUAAUUGUAGUCAGUGCCUGGCAGUUUACCCACAGUUCAAGAAUGCCACAAAGGCGUGUAUGUGGUGUACUAACUGUGAUGUUGGCCGGUGUGUGAGCAUUAAUGAUCGCUGUGGAGAGAAGAAGUGCCGUGGGGUGGAGCAAACACCGAUCCGCCUGGCUAAGGGCUGUGUGGAGGCCAGAUGUCAGGCUGCAGACUGUGACAAAUGCUCAGAUCUGGAGACCAAGUGUCUUUGGACAACACACUCCAAAAGAACAAGUGAGGUGAUGAGGUCGUUAACGUCAGUCGCUCGUUACUCAGGUAACUGUGUUGAGAAUACGAUUAACUUCAACCACCCGCUGUCCGGCAAACAAAAGUGUCCACGCCGUUGCUUCUCCUUCACGACCUGUCAGACCUGCCUGGAUACGGAGAGCGCUGAGGGCGGAGCUAAAACCUGCGUCUGGAGUGACAAGCUUCAAGAGUGUCUACCAUAUGCUGCCGUUCCUCUGGUUUGCUCCGGGGGGCAAUGCGGCUACCUCAUCAACGAACCCGUUAGAGAAGUCGGCAGAUGCCCGGUUGAGUGUGCCUUCCAUACCCGCUGUUCCACCUGUCUGAAAGCCCCUGGGUGUGGCUGGUGCGCCUUCGGGGGAAGAACGGGUCAGGCGUGUGUGUAUGGCUGGUGGACUGCACCAUCCUUCUGUAGGUGUCUGCACGGCAGCCACGUGGAGCUGGUUACUCCCAAUCAGAAAGUCGCGGCUACAAACCGCUCACUACAGUUCCUUGACCCCAUAUUCUGGUCGUUCAUGAAAUGUCCGCCGGAGAACGAGUGUGAGAACAACCAUCAUAACUGUAAUAAUGAAACGGAAGACUGCCAGGACACGCCCAUAGCCUACCAGUGUGUCUGUAAACAAGGAUACGAAAAGGCCGGAGGUCAAUUGGAGUGCGUACCCCAGUGUAACCAAGGCUGUAUCCGGGGACGAUGUGUCCGCCCAGACGACUGCGCUUGUGACUUCGGCUGGGUCGGACGGAACUGCUCCGUGGAGUGUCAGUGUAACAAGCACAGCAACUGUAAAAGUGAAAAUGAAACCACUGUUUGUACUGGCUGUUCCAACAAUACCAUGGGUCACCAGUGCAGCUUGUGUAAGCCAUUUUUUGUGGGCGAUCCCAGAGAUGGGAAGUCGUGUAUUUCUUGUCGAGAGUUCUGCAAUAACCAUACAGAUUUCUGCGUGACCUAUGAAGAGAGCAUAGCAUAUGGCCUUGACUAUGCCUCACAAAGAAUUAGUGAAAAUCAGUUGAGCAAGAUAAGGACAGGCCCCAAGGAAGAAGAUGCAGUGUGUUUGUCAUGUCAGCACAACACAACCAUGGAACAUUGUGACAAGUGCCUUGUGGGAUACUUCAGGAUACGCCAGGACAACCAACUCAUCCAGCCCUGUCUCAAGUGUCAGUGUAAUGGGCACAGCGCCACCUGCAAUGAGCUGACAGGUGAGGACUGCGAUUGCCGAAACAACACAGAGACGAGCUGCAACAAGGAUAGCAAGGAGAAGAAACCGUGUUGGCAGAAACAGUGCUCGAGCUGUAAGGAGUACUUCCUAGGUCAUCCAAUCAACGGUCACCAGUGUUAUCGUCACAUGACCAUGGAACAAGACUACUGCUUUGAUCCCGUCACACAGAAUCGGUGCAAUCCCGAACCCCCACCGCUGCACCAGGGCCGCACCGUCUUCUUCUCGGUGCAACCCAAGUACCUUAAUGUGAACAUCCGCAUCACUGUGGACGUCACAAUGGGAGCUGCAGAUGUGUAUUUCUCGCCGUGUGAAGACACAUUCUUGGUGGACGUUGACCCUCUUGGGUUUCACACAGUUCUCAUCGACCCCAACUACCAUUUAAUGUCCGGUCAGAACACGGUUUUCCAUGGGCAGCGGCGAAACAUAGUGAACUGCUCUCACGACAAGAGCAGUUAUAGAAAGCUGGAGAUGGAGGCUAACGAGCUCAACACGUUUGUCACAGUGGACUACGCCAAGACUCUGCUGCUGGUCAAGAACGUCACUUUCCGAUUGGUCAUCACACUGCCCUUGGACGUCCAUAACUUACGUUCCUCUAGGUUUUAUGUGAUUUUGCGCAGCCGCGGCAUCACUUCCAGCAACAAGACAUUCGGGAGCUUGUACUUCAGGCAGGAUCAGCCCCAUAUAGAUCUCUUCGUGUUCUUCUCAGUGUUUUUCUCCUGUUUUUUCCUGUUCUUGGCCAAAUGUGUGUUGUUGUGGAAAGUGAAGCAGACAUUCGACGCCAGGCGAACACGCCAGCAGCGCGCCCGGGAAAUGAAACACAUGGCGUCGCGACCAUUUGCACGUGUCCUCGUUUACAUAGAACAAGAACCUGUGACAGGCCUACAGCCAGCGUUCACACGAAGAAACAAUCGGCUUCCCAAAAUCCGCACCAAUCAUGUGGAUCCGUCGAAUACGGGGAGCAAUCCAACCCCCGGGCGUGAGUGCCCAUUUAACCUUGCCCCCAUUGCUGUGGAGCCCACAGACGAUGGAAUCGCCGCGGUGGGAACAGUUAUAUUGCGCCUUCCAGGGGGUAACAGCGCACCAUCAAAACUGUCGCUGGGUUCUGCGCUGACAACGCGCCUUCAUACGGGCCCUGCAGGAACUCAUAGUCAGAAAGUAAAUAUAAGGCGGCGAUACAGUGCUUCAUUUGCUUAA